GGGAUUGUCCACUUCUCCUCUAUAUAUACACAACCCAUUCCUUUCACUUUACCAAACCAAUCUAUCUUUUCUAUUCUAGUGGUCUUUCAAGCAUAAUUUCAAACAGUUUCUGUACAACCAAUCACCCUUUUUUUCUAUUCUAGUUUUCUUUGAAGCAUUUUAUCAAACAGUUUCUCUACACCUUUAUUCUCCAUCUUCUUACUCUUCAUUGGCUGAAGAUUCAAAAGUAUGAUCAGCAAUUUUGAAGCUGAUGUUAAAUAUCUACAGAACCCAUCUUUGAUUUCUCAAUUCUUUUCUCUUUCGAACAUCGAAAAGGUUCCUGAAGUUUACAGUUUCUGGAAAUGGGGUGCUCUGUUUUUUGCCAUAUUUGCUACUUUUAGCAGCUUAUUCAGAAGAAUUAAGUUUACAUUCAUUUACUUACGUAGAAUAGAGCCUUCUGCUGAGCCUAUUCUUCAGUAUCUCAGCGAAGAUUAUGACUUUUCCGAUGAUGAUGACGAUGAAUGUUCGUCGGUUUCUUCGAAUGAUGAAGAGCUAAUUACACCCACAGGUGAUCGAGAUUUUUCUGUAGCGGGUAAAAAAAGUAAUUUAAAACUUAGACGGCGACGGAGCAGCUACGAACUGCUUCCGCUAACCGAAUUUGUCGCCGGAAAAAGUGUUGUAAAGCUCUGGGAUUUGAACAAUGAAGAGAAGAUGAGCAAAUUUCGGACGAUGCCGUCGCCGUCGCCGGCGAUGGUUUUUUGGUCCGAUUUGAAGGAUGAGAAAGACGGCGUCGUUUCAGCUGCUUAUGACGCGAGAAUGAGGCGUCAGUGGCCGGCGAUAUGCGCCGAUUGGAGUACAGGAAAAGUGGUGGGUAUCGGCGGCGUUGAGAAAGUCUACGUGAGAGAUGAAGUCGCCGGAGUUGUAAAGAUCGGUGAUAUGAGAAAAGCGAAAACGCCGGUGGAGAUGGUGACGGAGCUUGACGGUGACAUGCGGUGGGACGCCGGCGCCGUUAUCAUUGACGAUUACUUCGUUGGACAUAAACUUAUUUGCUAAAGGGAAUUGAUGCCAUUAUACUAAUUUAUUUGGCGUUUAAUUUAACAAUUGACGAAAUUUGUAAUUAAUUUAAUAUAUUUUUUUAAUUCUUUGUUCUUUUUUACUUGCCAAAAAUUUCUUAAUUAGCGGAAUUCAUCGGGGUUCCUAAAAUUGGUAUCAAUUUUCACUAAGACUAAGGUCCCGAUGUAUCAUUUUCACACUUUUUUUACAAUCACCCAAAUAUUUAAAGUGUGUGUAAUGCACUCGCCGAUAAAGUGACGAAUUAAACGAAAACACAUGUCAUAUGCAUAUCAAAAAUAAUUCUCAAAUAAUCAUCUUUGAGUAGAGAAAAAUGGCCAAUAACUU